AUGGCGGAGAUCCGUCGGAAGCUCGUCAUCGUCGGUGAUGGUGCUUGUGGUAAGACUUGUCUGUUGAUUGUUUUCUCCAAGGGCACUUUCCCAGAGGUCUACGUCCCAACCGUCUUCGAGAACUAUGUGGCCGAUGUUGAGGUCGAUGGAAAGCACGUCGAGCUGGCUCUUUGGGAUACGGCUGGCCAGGAGGAUUACGACCGUCUCCGCCCGCUCUCCUACCCCGAUUCCCACGUAAUUCUCAUCUGCUUCGCCGUCGACUCCCCCGACUCCCUCGACAACGUCCAGGAGAAGUGGAUUUCCGAAGUGCUGCAUUUCUGCCAAGGGCUCCCAAUCAUCCUCGUCGGAUGUAAGAAGGAUCUUCGCUACGACCAGAAGACCAUCGAGGAGCUUCACAAGACCAGCCAGAAGCCAGUUACACCAGAGCAGGGAGAGGAGGUCAGGAAGAAGAUUGGUGCCUACAAGUAUCUUGAGUGUUCCGCAAAGACCAACGAGGGUGUUCGCGAGGUCUUUGAGCACGCAACCCGUGCCGCUCUUCUCUCCAAGAAGGGAGGCAAGAAGGGACACAAGUGCCUCAUCCUGUAG